GUAUUCAACUGUCAAUGUCAAAAAUUAAUCAAAACACAAAGCACCACACUCAAACGCAAUAUUUUCUUAAUUUAUUUUGUUAAAAUUUAAAGUUCUCAUUAAAUAAAAUUAAAUUUAAGUCAAGAUGGUCAAAAAAAUCUUAAUGAUCUGUUUGGGAAAUAUCUGCCGGUCUCCAAUUGCUGAGGCUGUAAUGCAAGAUACCAUCGAAAAAGCCGGCGUUGCAAAGGACUGGGAAGUUGAUAGUGCUGGAAUCGGUGAUUGGCAUGCUGGAAAUUCACCCGAUUACCGUGCCCUGAACAUCAUGAAGAAUCACGGUCUCAAAUACUCAAAUCAUGCUCGACAAAUUCGCAACAUAGACUUCGAACAGUUCGACUACAUCUUCGGCAUGGACGAUGAGAAUAUGGAUGAUCUUAAUCGGCUGGCACCGAAAGGAUCUAAGGCAAAGCUUCUGAUGUUGGGCAACUUUGGAUUGGAUAAAAAAGAUCGAAUAAUUAAGGAUCCUUAUUAUCUCAAAGGAGAAGCUGCUUUCGAGAAAGCUUAUCAACAAUGUGUGGUGGCAUGUGAUGCCUUCUUUAAAGAGGUUCAAGCUGGAAAAAUCUAACUUAUAAACUGAGUGUUCUUUUUGGGUGAUAUAGCCAAAUAAAUAAUUUUGUUUCUUAUUUAAUUGUGCAAUGUAUUUAUGGAUUAAAAAGCGAUAGUUUUUGACUAAA